AUGAAUGCCGAGAUCGGUGAUCAUAUCAGUAGGUGCGAGACAUGUCGUACCUACGAGAACCGACAACAGAAAGAGACGCUCAUAUCUCAUGAUGUACCAGAACGACCUUGGUCCAAGGUUGGAUGUGAUCUCUUUACGAUUCACGACAAAGAUUACCUAAUAACUGUUGACUACUACUCGAACUUCUGGGAAGUCGAUCAUCUUACCGACACGAAGUCAUCAACUGUUAUCAGAAUGCUGCGUGCUCAGUUUGCUCGUUAUGGCAUUCCCACUACCGUUGUAAGUGACAAUGGGCCACAAUUCAGCUCGUCUGAAUUCGACAGAUUCGCGAGUGAGUGGGAAUUCGAACAUCUAACCUCUUCGCCGGCGUACCAGCAAAGUAACGGGAAAGCAGAACAAGCUGUCAAAACAGCAAAGCGACUAAUGCGUCUGGCAAAACUGUCAGAGACAGAUCCGUAUCUGGCUGUAUUGGACUUCCGUAACACCCCUACUCAAUUGAUGGAGAGUAGUCCAGCUCAGCGUUUAAUGGGUCGACGUACACAAACUCAACUGCCAACGAAGGCAACCCUACUCAAACCGCAGAUUCCCAAAUCUGUACCGCGAAAACUGGAAGCGAUGAAGGAGAAACAGGCGUUUUAUUAUAAUCGCAACGCAAAAGAUCUAAAACCACUUAGAUCAGGUGACAUUGUUCGUAUCGCACCUACACAAGGUCUGAAAGAGUGGAAACAAGGGACUGUUCAGAAAGAAGUGUCAAAAAGAUCAUACACUGUCGAAACCAGCUCUGGUAGUGUUUUGCGUCGUAACCGUCGCCAUCUCCGGAAGUCGGCUGAGGUCAAACAGGAACCGGAAAUGCCCCAGGACGAGGUAGCUUGUAACGAAGUACCUCAGGGUUAUCCACCGACACCGAACAUUGACAUUACCAAACAUAAUGUUAUCGCUGCUCCGAUAAGCCGCAGUCCUCAAAGGAACCCGUCUCCGCGUGCUCCAGUGACCGUGUCGAGAUUUGGCAGAAAAGUGUUUGAACCUGUCAAACUCGAUUUGUGA